AUGAGUCAAAAGAAUAUAUCGAAUAAAUCGAACCGGCAAUCUUCUUCAGAUAACAAUAGCAAUAAUACUCAGAUAAAUAUACAUCAAAGAAUGGUAAGUGCAUGUGUUGGGUCUAUUUUAACUUCCUUUAUUUUAACGCCAAUGGAUGUAGUAAGAAUACGUAUUCAACAACAACAAAUAUUGCCAAAGUGUGGCUGUACAACUUUACCGCAUCAAGUUCCCAAUAGUAAUAACACAUUAUUGCAACCAUAUAUUAAUAAAGGAAAGUUGUUUUGGCAAGAACAAUGUUUUAGAAACAUAACUUGCGAUAAUAGUCUUAGAUUCGAUAACACUGUGGAUGCAUUCAGAAAAAUUUCGAGAAUAGAGGGUUUAAAUGCACUUUGGAGAGGAUUGAGUAUAACCUUAUUGAUGGCAAUUCCUUCAAAUGUAGUUUAUUUUUCAGGUUACGAAACACUGCGAGAUUAUUCUCCGCUCAAUGCAAACUUUCCUACUAUAAAUCCAUUGGUGUGUGGUGCAUUAGCAAGAACAAUAGCCGCCACAACAAUUGCGCCCUUAGAGUUGUUAAAAACCAGAUUACAAAGUAUACCUUCCAUAAAGUCUAAUUCAUUAAAGAUUUUUAAAGAUUUGAUGCAAGAAACCAAAAUAGAAAUUAACUCCUUGGGAUAUAAAGCCUUAUUUAAGGGUUUAGAAAUUACAUUGUUCAGAGAUGUCCCGUUCAGUGCCAUUUAUUGGGGUUCCUACGAGUUUUAUAAGAAAAACUUUUGGGUAUCUCCGACAUCUUCAUCUAAUGGUCAGACCAAUGCUAAUUGGAUUCAUUUUUUAAAUAGUUUUCUUGGUGGUAGCUUAAGUGGCGCAUUAGCAGCACUAAUAACUCAUCCAUUUGAUGUGGGUAAGACAAGAUUACAGAUUUCAAUAAUACAAAAUAAUGACAAUAAAAAUCAACAGCAAAAAACUCAAAACUUGGAUAAAAAUAUGUUUAAAUAUUUGAAUAAUAUUAGAAAACUAGAAGGUAUAACAGCUCUCUAUGCAGGGCUAGUUCCUCGUGUAGUUAAAGUUGCACCAAGUUGUGCAAUUAUGAUUUCAACUUAUGAAAUAUCAAAAAAGUUUUUUCAAAAUUCAUAA